CGGCUUGAGAGGCAUACAACACAGAGUGACUUCAUUCGCGAUGCUAUCAUCGGUCUUGCAGAUGGACUGACAGUACCCUUCGCAUUGACAGCUGGAUUAUCCUCAAUUGGAUCAAGCAAUCUUGUCAUUCUUGGUGGAGUGGCCGAACUGUUCGCCGGAUCCAUCAGUAUGCGACUGGGGGCUUAUCUAGCCACAAUCACUGAUCCCCAUCACUUUGAAGUAGAGGAAGCACGCGAACAGCGCCAAGUUAAUCAAACUCCAAACCUCGAAAGCGAAUUCCUGGUGAAUCUCUUCCAAAGAUAUGGUAUCACCUACCAGGAAAUAUCACCAAUUAUCGAAAGUUUCAGGAGAAAUCCACACUCUUGGGUCAAAUUUAUGAUGGACUUUGAACUUAAACUUGAGCGUCCUAGCUGGUCGAGACCCUGGGUUUCUGCUCUCACAAUGGCGCUAUCUUACUUUAUAGGGGGACUUAUUCCCAUGAUCCCUUACUUUACUACGAAGCAUGUCAACACUGCACUCUUUGCUUCAAUCGGAGCUACAUGUGUUAUGUUAUGCAUAUUUGGUUAUGGGAAAGCUGCUAUCACUGGGCUUAGCCGUCGUUCCGCCGUGUACGGGUCACUGGAAACACUUCUUAUAGGAGCUAUUGCUGCUGGCGCUAGUUAUGGCAUUGUGAAAGUCGCAAAUGCCUAUCUGGAUUUUCGACAAUAA